GCAUGUUUCAGUCGAGUUUCGUAGUGCUCAUCAGCACUACGCAACGUCAAUCAACCUGUCGAAGUUUAGCAGUGCGGAACCACAUGUAAUAUGGGUGUAUGCAAGAUAGUUAAAUGGUUUAAGUUGAUCUUGAUUCUUAAGACUGACAAGCCUAUCUCUAAGAUUAGUACGAAAUGGUUGUCACGAUACACGACUUUGUUCCGUGAAUACUCGUGUGCGAUGAAGAAACUAUUGUCAUUUAGAUGGAUUAAAAAAACAACCACACGGUCGGACAGGGAUGUACAAUCCACGUCGCCGAUGCCGCAAGACGGCCGCAAUGAAUAUUGCCGAAAUUUAUUACAACAGUUUGCGAAUCAUUGUCAAACAUCUAAUGGAGAGAUCACCGAUCCGGACUGGGUUGUCUAUUUAUCCAAAGAGCAGAACGCUGAGCAGUCCGCUCUAAAAGACAAUCGAAAGCUGGAAAUACACGGACACUUUAUCCCAGGUGUGCCACACAUACGUUCUGCUGAAAUAUUCGAGAUUGGGUGUAUUGCAGGCACAGAGAACAAAUGUCUCGAGUUGGUUUCUGCAGAAUGGAACAAUACAAAAGUGAUGUUAAAGAGGCAUGUUUUGUCAACAUGUCGGGAUGCUAUAAAAGCAGACGUAGAAAUCCUUAAUGAAAUUCGGCAUCCUAAUAUAUUACUGCUGAUGGCUACAACAUACACAAGCGAGCAUGGUCUCGUCUCAAUCUUCGAAUCCAUCGACUGCUCAUUGUACAAUUACAUGCACGAGCAAGGCGAACGAAUAAACGUACAAGGAAUCAUGCAAAUCGGUAUAAAAUUGGCGGACGCAUUAAAAUAUUGUCAUAUGCGAGGAUACAUACACACAGCGAUUAGCUCACACUGCGUUUAUUUUGCAACUGAUACGACUGUCAAACUUGGCGGUUGGGAACUGGCUAGAGAAAUGGAAAAACCUUAUGUAGAACGUGAUUUCGAAAAAUAUUUACGACUAGAGAAUUUCAAAUGGCAAGCACCGGCGAUAUGCUACAGACUACAACCCAAUAAAAAAAUAGAUGUUUACUGCUUGAUGCUAUUACUUUGGGAAAUGUGUACAGGAAAUGUACCGUGGAGUGGAUAUGAUCAAUCAAAUGUAGAACGGCAGCACAUGCGAAAACGAGAUAUUGUUAUAAACUUACAGAAUGUUCCAUCGAUUUUCCGUAGUUUACUAGAGGCUGGAUUGCAUCCUGAUGAAACAAUGAUAAUGUUAGACAUGGACAGAAUAGGAAAAAAACUUCAUAGGCUGCUGAUGAUAUAUGAAGAAGAAGAGAAGAAUGACACGUUUAUAAAUGAAAACAGAAAUAAUAAUGAUCUUUUAUAUAAUGAUACACUAUAUCAAAAGACUUCUUCUAUGUCUCUCACGCAAAAUAAGGUGUUGACCAAAAAACCAUUUACUGGACAAUCAUAUCAGCCUAUGGAAGAGAAAAAAUCUAUGUCCAAUCAACUUCUCAAAUCUAAGAAAGAGCAAUGCAAUGGAGACUUGGAUUCUAAAAAUAAUAUGAAAAAAAUGACUGUAAUCAAUGAUAGUGUCGUGAGUCCCAUGAUUAAGGUAGAGACUACCACUCCUUGCACUCGUUGUGCAGAAAUUUCAAAUAUAGUACAAGAUCUUGAUGAAAGGAAUGAUGCACGUGCUAAUAUAAAACGAUUAAAAAAAUUGAUAGCUAGUAGAAGGGAAGACUUUUUCUUUGGAAGCGACUCCACCUUUUCUUAUUCAACUUCAUAUCCGAAAGCUACAAGCUCAUUAUUGUCACAAGAAAAAAGUCCUGACUAUGUACCAUGUAAACCAGCUAAUCAUACAACUGCUAUAGAACCUAAAUGCAAUAAGUCUCCUAGUGAAUAUAGUGGAGCUAUUUCAAAAUUAUGUACACCACGGCGAAAGGCACCAUACACGGGUAUGCCUUCCAGUAUUAAAUAUGCAAUAAUGCAGCCUCAAGUUUUGCAUUCUAAUGCUAAAAGCUUUUAUGAGUCAACAUUAUGGAGAAAAGAAAAAGAAAUUUGCUUAUCACGAAUGGGACGCAACAGUAAAGAACACAGUGAAGAUUCCUUACUAUCGCAACAAACAAUUUGUUGCAAUACUUCUAUCACUGAUGAUGAUAAAGUACAAUAUUCCACACCACAUGUAAAAAAUGCUGAUACUACAUAUAUAAUUGGAAUUGAGAAAGAUAAUUGUACUGAAGAUGACAAAAAGUCAUUAAAAAACGUGAGUGAUGGCACUUCCGCAAACAUUUCAAUCACUUCAAAUCAAUCCAUACAAAACUUAAAGGAUGCCCUCGAUCGUGCCACGGAAAUAAUAAGUUCAACAACAUCUUCUAAAGUAGACCUAAAUAAUAUACAAGAAUGCAAAGCUGUAUUUGAAAACUUGUAUGGAACAAGAUAUAAUGACAAUCACGAGAUCAAAGUUAUCGAAAAAUCGACAUCUAGCAACAGGAGUUUUCUAGAUCUUUCAAUGGAUGAAGUUAAAAAUAUAAAAACUGUUAACGAAGCUGCCGGAAAACAAAUCUUCAAUCAAGCUUUCAUAGAUAGCCAAACGCUCAAUUCUACGACUACAAAAACAUCAAUUGAAUCUGAAACAUCACAGAAUCAAUCCACGAAAAAAACUGAUCAAAGUAAGAUAACAUUUGCAAAUAGGAAUAUCUCAACCCCGCAAAAAAUUAGAGUAGAUGAAAGAGAAUAUGUUAACAUACGUCCUAUAAGUAGUAUUAUACUGAAAGAUUCACCAAGAAGGCGUUCUCUACCUGCAAAACUGAAUAAUUUGGCAACAUAUGGCUCCCCAAGAACUGUUUUAAAUAAAAAAAACAUACAAGGCAACCAAUAUACGACCGAAGAUAUGUACAUUGAUGAUGAAUUUGGAAGUAAAUUAAAUUACAACCUAAUUCUUUUAAAUGAUAACAUUAUUCUAAGCGACGAUGAUGAAAGUCUACCUCAGACCACAGAACUGUAAACUGUGAUGAACUUAAUGUUUAAUCGUUCUCUAUGUGUAAAAAAAAAAACGUUCUUAAAUAA